AAGCCAUUUAUACCCUAAAAUAAAAAAUGUGAGCGUGUGGUUACCUUUUAAUAUAACAUGACAAUGUAUCAUAUUAUUCUGGACAAUGGAAAAUACCAAACCCAAAUGCACUGAAUUGCAAUGAUUUACACGACUCCAAUGAUUAUUGUCACAGUAGAAUUGUGUUGUUAUAAUGUGCUCAGUAAUCUGAACCCUCCUUUACUUUUUAUUAUAGUGAGAACAGAAGGGACAGCUGAAAUUUCCAAAUACUUAAAUCUUGAAUUAAAGAAUAUAGAAGACUUCAGCACAGAACCUGCAACAACAAUAAAACCGAUAAGCAAUACAGUGGUUACAGAGAGAGAACAUGGUACCUUAAGCCAGCAUGAUGUGGACUCUCGUGCAAGAGCCACAAAUAUGCAAAGAACUAUGAAAAUGCAUCACAUGCUUGGCCAGAAAUAUUUUGAGAUACUUAAAGACCAGGCGAAAUAUGAAUUUGAACACGGAGGUCCCAAAGUGGGAAUUCAAUUAAAACUAAUUCAACUAUAUGAAGACUAUAGAGAGUCAAUGGAGGAAGCCAAAAAAGCAGGAAGUCCAGAUCCAUCCCAGGUUGGAAAUCUUCCAGAAAAAUUACAAAGAAUAGUAACAGCAGUACAGAUGAGAUUUACUGGGCAAAUGGAUAUAUUAAAAAAUAAAGGAAGUGCAGAGGUUGAGAAAUAUUUGGCACAACUUAAAAUUGGAAACACAAUAUAAUUAUAUUUUUAUGAAGAUAAGAAUGUGACAUCCCAAGAUAAAGUCCUUCCAGUGAUGUGACGUUAUCCAUGGAAAUGAAUUUCCAUGGCAGGCAUUAAGCAAAAAAUCUGAACUGAAAAAGCAUGAAUGGGAAAAAGUCGCAAAAAAGUCAAGAAAACAACAACUUUUUCAACUUGUCAACAAAAGCCAGCAUCAAGAAACCCCAAAAACCACAAA